AUGCAAACUGUGAAGGAAAGAAACGAAGUAAUACAGAGUUUAAUUCAAAAAAAUGGUAAUCUAUCGUCGCAGUUAAGGAGUAUGACAGAGAGGAUAGAGCAAAUAGAGCAAAACAUGCGUGCUCCUAACGUCGAAAUCAAUGGGAUCCCAGAGCAUAAAUCGGAAAAUCUUCUAAAAACUAUAGAGCAGCUGGGAUUUGCGAUUGAAAAUCCCCUCGGUGACAAUGAUGUUGUGCACGUAUCCCGUAUUGCGAAGUUCAAUAAGGAGAGCGACCGACCCCGCUCCGUAAUUGUCAAACUUCGUAGUUAA